UCUCUUCAUUCGGUUUGCAGUUGUCAAUCGUGACGGUCACGAUUUCCGCGAGUGAGUUUUGUUUUUACGCACCAACCAAGAAGUCAAGUUCCAAGUGUGAAUUUGUUAGAAGAAAACUUCGGAAAAAACAAACCUCUGACAAGUUCUAGUUUCUGGCUAACGUCGCGAAAAAACCCGUUUUCUAGCUAUUCCGGUUUCCGUUCUAAACGUGCAUUGAUCCGAGUUGAUCUAUGGACAGCCGGAAGUGCAAAAUUCUACAUCCGCCUACUGUGCAUGGAUUUUAUCGGUGUGUGUUGUUGCUGGGUUCAGAUAAUUUUUUGAGAAGGUGACAAAAUAUUUACAUAAUAAGCAAACCAAGCAAGAGAGUUCCGGAUUAUUGUUUACACAUUUUAAAAUUUGAGUUAAGAUUUUGGUAGUGUUGCAAUACGGUUAAGCAACUUGUUGAUGGAAGAUUCCUAUGCGAGGAUUGAUCAAAAUCAUUGAAACUAGUCCUCAGCGACCUGGGGACAAAGUGCGAACUGGACCGCAAUCUGCCUGCACUGUGGCCAACGUGCCGCACCUCACCAAUACCAGCUCAAUCCGUCCACGGAUAGCUGAUGAUGUGAACGGGAACCAGCAAAAAGGCCACAACAGCCUGUGCAAACUGAGCCGUCGAACAGAGGCGGACCAAUUUGACCGACUCACGGAAGAAAAAGAAGCGAUACACGAGGGGCCUUGGUUUCCGUCAUCAGCAGCAGCAGCAGAACCCCGUCAUCGUCAUUAGCCGUCAGCCACAUCGUCAUCGUCAUCGUUAGUGGGAAACAUCAUCAGGCGGUUCUGCUUCUCGGGGUAGUCAGUUGGUUGUUGGUGGCCCUUUCGAAGAGAUUUCGGUGGCCCAUUGUCGUCGUCGUCGGUGACUCGAACGGGGGACCUUGUGGGUCUAGAUGGGUUCACGUUGUUUCGUGUGCAGUUUUUUGUGUGUGGUAUCUUAACGUUUAGCUAAGAUCCUUCCUCGUUUUGUGGGCUCAAACGCUUACAGCGACCGAAUCUAGAAGAUUAUUAUCCCAUCGAGAGUAGGAUUAGUUCGAGUGGGAUGAUGAGUGAAUUAUGACAUCGGGUUUCAGUUCGAUACAGAUUGCAAGAGGUUUCGGAAGGAAGCAAGCCUAAAUGCACAGGUACCCACAGUGAAUUAUGAAAAAAAGAGAAGAAUUGAUUAAGUGAUUUUAACCUGGAUAUCUUUGAAGCAAUAUCAAUUAGUGCGUGAAACAAAAAAUCUUCGUUAUCAAAAGGAUAAAGUGCGGACUGUGUUGUAGACUACAAUACUAGAACUAUAGUUGCAUCCCCUGACAAAUGACUGGUUCCCCGAUCAAAAUGGAGCAGGAUUCGGACCACGAGCAGCAAUUGCUCCGGCAACAGUACCAUCAACCUGCCGGCGGAAACAUUCCAAACGGAGUCCACGAGCUCACCGCCAGUUCCGACGUGUCGGUAUUGAGGGACGAAAAUUGUAGGCUUUUGACCACACUGCUCGAAUACAAGAAAAUGUUGGAAAACACCAAACUUCGCUACGGCACUAUGAAGCGAGAGUUCUACGCCGCCAAGAAGCGCAUGAAACGAAUGGCCAACAAGCUUCAGCUGACGGGAGGAGGAUCUGGGACAGUGAACAGCCGAGAUGGGAGCGAUAGUGGUGAUAGUAACUUGAACCCGGCCAAUUCAGGCGCGGGUGGUACACAGGUCGAUGACGAAAUUAGGAAAAAAUGGAAAGAACCGAAUCUCAAGGCUGCCGUCAAACUGAAGGCAGCCGUGGGAAUGCAGGCGUAUAGGUAUCUGAUACGGGACGGAGAGCUCCAACUGCCCAGCUUGAGGACCAUUUCCCGCUAUGUGGAUGCGCUGAAGAAGGUCGGGAUGAAACCCAAUUAUGAUUUUAAUGUACGGGACGAUGACUCGGUGGGGGGAACCAUUUUCGAAGAGCUCAACGAGGAUAGUGGCGAUGUGGAUCACAACCGGAAUCAGCACCAUCCGAACAGCGGUUCCGGGAAAUCGAACUCGCAGCAAACGUCCCGGGAUGUUUCGGACUCAGAGGAACCGGUCAAUUUUACUGAAAUGAAGUUUCGAGAACUACGCACUAUUGAGAUUUUCCGUAAUAUUUGA